AGGCUGUGCUGUUGGAUACGAACAGAAGGAAAAGAAGGGGCGGGAACAGUCGACCACGACACCACUUCAGUCUGAAAUCGCCGCCUUCGACAGAGCUUCAAUCUUCGACUUCUUAAAUCUUCAUAACAUAAGAAGGAAUGAAGAACAAGGAAGGGGAAUUGAUGAUGAAAACCAUGAGAUUAAACGUCAAAAACCUUCAACUAACGAACCGGUUAAUGAACCGAUUAAUGAAGCCGAUCAAAACAUUCAACAAGAGCAUGAUAUUCCUCAAAAUAAGAUUAACAUCAAUGAAGUGGAUGUUAAUAGUCUAGAAAGAGAUCCCGCGAAGCGACUCGGAAUGUGGAAAUAUCCGGUUAAUAUAAGGGAGCAAGUAAGACUGGCUUAUAUAUCAUUAGGAGUGUAUCAAAUAAAGCUUGAAGAGUAUAAGCCUAGAGGUCCAAAGAACAAUCGUCGAAGAUUUAAGUAUGCUUGGUUUGAUAUGUUCCCUGACUGGUUAGAGUAUUCUCCAACGAAACACAAGGCUUAUUGUUUCCUUUGUUAUUUAUAUAAUGAUAAACCGAAUGAGAGCCACGGUCAUGGUGCGUUUACUAGUGAAGGAUUUGACAAUUGGAAAAAAGUUAAUGAUGGGGAUAAGUGUCCAUUGUUGAAGCACAGUAAAUCUUCAAAUCAUAAAAACGCUUUUCUAUUCUACAAGAACUUGUUGAAUCAAAAAGCACACCUUGAAAAUUUCUUAAUUGAAGAAUCUAAAAAUCUUAAAGGAAGACGGUCAGAACUAUAAUUCUUUAUCCAGGUGAACCGGGUACCCACCUUCAUCUCCUUUUUUAAUGUAUUGGUGUCUUUGUUCCAUUGUUUGUUAAACAAUGUUUACUUUUUAAUGUUUGAGAACGUUUUUUAUUUGAUAUUAAUGUUUGACCCGACCUGAAUCGAAUCAUCGACGUCCGACCCGAACAUAUCACCUCGAAACAAAGCGAUUGAAAAAUUUUUUAGGUCCGGUGACUUCCGACCCACCGUUGGAAAUUUUCAAGCUUCGCCACUGCAGGUGCUUACCACUGCGCCAGUCCUUGUAGGCUGUAUUUGGUAUUUGGGUUAACUGAUAAUGUGGUAAAAAAGAGCUGCUGAUUUCCUAUGAUUUUUGUGACACUGAUCAUCUAUCUGUUUGUUCAUACUCUAUUUGCAUGGUCUGGAUGGUGCAUAA